CAGGGCCGCCAUCUUGGCAAGAGGUGAAGCGGCAGCGGCUUCUGUGAGGGGGGACCGCAGGUCCAGAGUUGCUGGUGUUCUUUUCCCCCCGGUCCCAGCCCUAGCCCCAGUGGAACACGAGCGCGAGUGCGCCCCACCACCGUCCUCAGCAUGGUGCUGUUGGCAGCAGCAGUCUGCACGAAAGCAGGAAAGGCUAUUGUUUCUCGACAGUUUGUGGAGAUGACCCGAACUCGGAUUGAGGGCUUGUUAGCAGCUUUUCCAAAGCUCAUGAACACUGGAAAACAACAUACGUUUGUUGAAACAGAGAGUGUAAGAUAUGUCUACCAGCCUAUGGAGAAAUUGUACAUGGUACUGAUCACUACCAAAAACAGCAACAUCUUAGAAGAUCUUGAGACCCUAAGGCUCUUCUCAAGAGUGAUCCCUGAAUAUUGCCGAGCCUUAGAGGAGAAUGAAAUAUCUGAUCACUGUUUUGAUUUGAUUUUUGCUUUUGAUGAAAUUGUUGCCCUGGGAUACCGGGAGAAUGUUAAUCUGGCACAGAUCAGAACCUUCACAGAAAUGGAUUCUCAUGAGGAGAAGGUGUUCAGAGCAGUCAGAGAGACUCAAGAACGUGAAGCCAAGGCUGAAAUGCGGCGUAAAGCAAAGGAAUUACAACAGGCCCGAAGAGAUGCAGAGAGACAGGGCAAAAAAGCACCAGGAUUUGGGGGAUUUGGAAGUUCUGCAGUCUCUGGAGGCAGCACAGCUGCCAUGAUUACAGAGACCAUUAUUGAAACUGACAAACCAAAAGUGGCACCCGCACCAGCCAGACCUUCAGGCCCCAGCAAGGCUUUGAAACUUGGAGCCAAAGGAAAGGAAGUAGAUAACUUUGUGGACAAAUUGAAAUCCGAAGGCGAAACUAUUAUGUCCUCCAAUAUGGGCAAGCGUACAUCCGAAGCAACCAAAGUGCAUGGUCCACCUAUUAACAUGGAAAGUGUGCACAUGAAGGUUGAGGAGAAAAUCACACUGACCUGUGGCCGAGAUGGAGGGCUACAGAAUAUGGAGUUGCAUGGCAUGAUUAUGCUGAGGAUCUCAGAUGAUAAAUUUGGCCGAAUUCGUCUUCAUGUGGAAAAUGAAGAUAAGAAAGGAGUGCAGCUGCAGACCCAUCCAAAUGUAGAUAAAAAACUUUUCACUGCAGAAUCUCUAAUUGGCUUGAAAAAUCCAGAGAAGUCAUUUCCAGUCAACAGUGAUGUAGGGGUGCUAAAGUGGAGACUACAAACUACAGAAGAAUCUUUUAUUCCACUGACAAUUAAUUGCUGGCCCUCAGAGAGUGGAAAUGGCUGUGAUGUCAACAUAGAAUAUGAGCUACAAGAAGAUAAUUUAGAACUGAAUGAUGUGGUUAUUACCAUCCCACUCCCGUCUGGUGUUGGUGCACCAGUGAUUGGUGAGAUCGAUGGUGAAUAUCGACAUGACAGUCGACGAAAUACAUUGGAGUGGUGCCUGCCAGUGAUUGAUGCCAAAAAUAAGAGUGGCAGCCUUGAGUUCAGCAUUGCCGGGCAGCCGAAUGAUUUCUUUCCUGUUCAAGUCUCCUUCAUCUCCAAAAAAAAUUACUGUAACAUACAGGUAACCAAAGUGACCCAGGUAGAUGGGAACAGUCCAGUAAGGUUUUCCACCGAGACCACUUUCCUAGUAGAUAAGUAUGAAAUCCUGUAAUACGAAGAGGAGGGAACUGAAAAGGAAAACUUUCAAACUAAUAAAGAAGAAGCCAACAGUGGCUGAAGAAUUUUUUUCUCAAACCUACAAGCCAUUGAAGACCUUUUUUUUUCCCUAGUAUAAUGCACGAUUCUGGGCGCGCAAGGACCCUCAACUCACCCUCAGUGUUUCAAGUCACAGGGACAUUCCUUGGCAAAGAAAUGACACAAACAUAAAGGGAAAGGCUGCUGAUUUCUUUGGCAUAUUUUACGGGCCAGCAGGAAAGCAAGCUCUUCAGAGAAUGCCCCCAGUUAAACACUUUCUUAGCCUUUGCCUAAGUUGCUUCUUUAUUUUAAUCCCUAAAUAUAGUUAUAUUUCAUACUUACUUUGUUUUUUAAAAGUUAACUCUGCAGAAGAUUUUAAUGUUUCAUACUUCUUUUCUUUACCUGCAUUUUUUUUCUUUCUAUAUACUCUAGCACUUGGAUUAUCUGUAUAUAGGUGUUAUAUUUAUUUGGUACUCCUAGAACAAGUUGAUCUAGUCCAGUCUUGAUUUUUAGAUAUACAAGUUAAUUUGCUUAAAGUUUGGAGUCUAGAAGUUAAAAGAUAAGGAUGCCUCAUUUCCUUUUCCUAUAUCCAUUGAUUCCUCUACUCCUGUGCCAGGUGGUUUUCCUUUUAGUCUGGUCCCUCCAGUUUAGAACAGUACUGUGAAUAUUAAAGACAGCUGAGAAACAGCUUUCAAAUUGCACAGUCCCCACUUCAGUGUCCAGGAGGAGAAUGAUUAUGUCCAGGUACAGAUUUCACAUUGUUUCUGCUACAGGUAAUCGUGUCUGCUACUGUUGCUACCUAGGCUUCCUUUGCUCCACAUUUUGCGUACUUUAGCUAAUACAUAAUAGUUCAUGGUCUUUGUAAUCCAUUCAUAUUCCUCAGAUUCAUCACCUCUCUCUCUUUCUGGCUGUUGUCAUCAGUCCUUUUUUUCCUAGCAGAGACGAGGUUAUGAUUUUGGAGGCUCUGGGUUCACUGAGUCCUUGUGCCAAUCCCAUUGGCCCUGAACUAUCAAGGAGACUCUGUUUACACCACCAGGUUUUUAGGAUUUCAAGAGGCAAGUAAUUAUAUUGGUAUGUAUUAGAUUGCUGAUGUAUACUCCCAUUUCCUUCUAGUCCCCCCAGCAUUUUUUCACCAGCCUAUCAGUCCCUGUCUCUGAAAUCCUUCCUUUUCCUCCCCCAAGUCUUUCCUAUUGAGUGUCAUCAUGUAGUAGUUAUUUCUUAACCCCAUCUCAUCCAUUACUUUUUUCAUUGAAAAGACUACACCAGCCAGCUCAUCACUGGCUUUUAACCCAGUAUUGCACUCAAAGGUUUGUGGAGUUGCCAUCAGGCUGCAAGCACAAGCAGGGGAAGAGGCAGAUGACUAUAAAUGACUUCUGCACUGUCAACAUGUUGGAGAGUACCACUCCCACACUAAACAACAUUGGUCUUCCCUGCGAAAAGUACACUGUACUUGAAGCAAAGCAGUAACACAAAUGGUCAUGGAUAGAAUUGUUUGCCAAAGAAAUUUCUGGCCUUUCCCUUCUCCUUAAUUGCAUCAGGGAAGAAUCGUUAUCUCUGUCUUGGUUUCCAAAUUGGG